CCCCGGCCCGCCGCCAGCACCGGCCCCGCCGCCGUCCCGGGGCCGCCAUGGAGACCGGCAGCAAGAUGACGGCUCGCCUGAUGCUCGCCGUGGGAGGAGCGGUGCUGGGCUCGCUGCAGUUCGGCUACAACACAGGCGUCAUCAACGCCCCCCAGAAGGUGAUUGAGGACUUCUACAACCGCACGUGGCUGUACCGAUACGAUGAGCCCAUCAGCUCUGGCACCCUCACCACGCUCUGGUCCCUCUCCGUUGCCAUCUUCUCCGUCGGGGGCAUGAUUGGGUCCUUCUCCGUUGGGCUCUUUGUCAACCGCUUCGGACGACGCAACUCCAUGCUGAUGUCCAACAUCCUUGCCUUCGUGUCCGCUGUCCUGAUGGGCUUCUCCAAGAUGGCUUUCUCCUUCGAGAUGCUCAUCCUUGGCCGCUUCAUCAUCGGCCUCUACUCCGGCCUCACCACCGGCUUCGUGCCCAUGUACGUGGGUGAGGUGUCGCCCACCGCGCUGCGGGGUGCCCUGGGGACCUUCCACCAGCUGGGCAUUGUCUUGGGCAUCCUUAUUGCACAGGUGUUUGGGCUGGACUUGAUCAUGGGCAACGACUCGCUCUGGCCGCUGCUGCUAGGCUUCAUCUUCGUGCCUGCCCUGCUGCAGUGCAUCAUCCUGCCCUUCGCGCCCGAGAGCCCUCGCUUCCUCCUCAUCAACCGCAACGAGGAGAACAAGGCCAAGAGCGUCCUCAAGAAGCUGCGGGGCACGACAGACGUCAGCAGCGACCUCCAGGAGAUGAAGGAGGAGAGCCGGCAAAUGAUGAGGGAGAAGAAGGUGACCAUCAUGGAGCUCUUCCGCUCGCCCAUGUACCGCCAGCCCAUCCUCAUCGCCAUCGUCCUGCAGCUCUCCCAGCAGCUCUCGGGGAUCAACGCAGUCUUCUACUACUCCACCAGCAUCUUCGAGAAGUCUGGUGUGGAGCAGCCUGUCUAUGCCACCAUCGGCUCUGGUGUGGUGAACACAGCUUUCACGGUUGUUUCGCUCUUUGUGGUGGAACGAGCUGGGCGCAGGACCCUGCACCUCAUCGGCCUGGCGGGCAUGGCUGGGUGCGCCGUGCUCAUGACCAUCGCCCUGACGCUGCUGGACCAAAUGCCCUGGAUGUCCUACCUCAGCAUUGUGGCCAUCUUCGGGUUCGUGGCCUUCUUUGAGAUUGGCCCAGGCCCCAUCCCCUGGUUUAUCGUGGCAGAACUCUUCAGCCAAGGCCCUCGUCCGGCUGCCUUCGCCGUUGCUGGGCUGUCCAACUGGACUUCCAACUUCAUCGUGGGCAUGGGCUUCCAGUACAUCGCGCAACUCUGCGGCUCCUACGUCUUCAUCAUCUUCACGGUGCUGCUCGUCCUCUUCUUCAUCUUCACCUACUUCAAGGUGCCCGAGACCAAGGGUCGGACCUUCGACGAGAUCGCUUCGGGCUUCCGGCAGGGGGGCGCGAGCCAGAGCGACAAAACCCCGGACGAGUUCCACAGCUUGGGCGCCGACUCCCAGGUGUGACCUGCCCAGCUGUGACCUGCUGCUGGCCCUGCCCGUGGCCGCUCGCCCACCUCCUCCUGAGUCCUUGGCUUCUCCUCUCUGGCACCGCUCUGUGUACAGGUGCCAGGCCCGCGGGGCACCCCCUCGCCCCCUGGCCUGGCAGGGACAGACUCACCGAUUUUACCCUUCUCUGGCAGUUUGGGUUUUGCCUGUUAGGAACAGUUUUUAUUUUGGGGUUUGUUUUUAAUAAUUCCUGUUUUUUUAGCUGGUUUCGCGUCCAGGAUUUCAAAAGAGGUUUGGUGAAACCACCCAGGGUGGCCCCCAAAGCCCCCUCCAGGAGGGCUGUGCCGACGCGAUAGGUUCCCGAAGGAGAGCUCCUGUAGCCCAGGGCUUUCCAGCUGGGAGCAUCCUUUUGUGGUUUGGGGUUAUUUGGGGUUUUUUUAACCUUCUAAUCGUAGCCAAAUCAGGUAAAAAUCGACUAAACCUGCAGCAGCCCCUGGGGGUUUAACCGAGGAGUCCUCUCUGAAAGCAGCCUGCUGGAUUCCGCUCCCCCGCCCAGGCUGGGCUGGAGCCGCUCUGAGGAUUCGCAGCUUCGCGGAUUGCAUCCGGUUGGAAGGGACCCUCGAAGGUCGUCUUGUCCAACCCCCUUGCAGUGGACAGGGACAUCUCCAACUAGAGCAGGCUGCCCGGGGCCGCACCUGGCGGUCCAGUUUGGCUGGGCUGCGGCUGGGAGGGGCCGCGGGGAGGGGCCGAGGGGAGGGGCCGAUCGCUUUGCUUUGGGGUGCAUCUCGGCAAUAUUUGCCUCCGCCCACACACUACAGCGACCCCUUCCCUGCUGCCGCCUCUGGACCGCAUCACAGAAUCACAGCUUCGGUUGGAAGAGACCUCCGAGCUCAUCCAGCACCGCAAGGUCACCACUAAACCCUGUCCCUAAGCACCAGGCACGCAGGUCGCUUACCCGCCCCGGGGGACGGUGACUCCAGCGCUGCCCUGGGCAGACCAUUCCAACGUUUGAGAACCCUUCCAGUGAAGAAAUCUUCCCUGGUCUCCAACCUUAAACCUCCCCUGGCACAGCUUUGGCCUUCCCCAAACCCCUCCUCCCCUCCACCUCUCCCCACACAGCCUUCCCCCAUGCUCAGCGGGCGGCUCCCUCCGCCCCUGCUCUGUGUAUAGACUGGAAGAUAUUUAUAUUAUAUAUAUUUUUGUUGGAUGGUUGUUAAUAGUAGAAACCUUUUAAGUUAUAGCUUUUUUUUUUGGGCUUUCCCCCCCCACCUUCUCCUCUGACUUUCACCAGCGAUGUACUGUAAAUAGUCUCGGCGACAAUUCACACACCAAGGUACCGAGGGACGGAGCCCAGAGCGGCCGCGACAGCUUUGCCCGGGGGGCAGGAUGCCCUCUGCAUAGUCAUUACCUGCACUGUAGUUGUAUCUCUUGCACUGAGGCCCAGGAGCAUAUUAAACCCUCCCCAAGACACUUCCCCCUUUUCCCAGCACCUACAAAAAGGUUUCUCUCUCUUCUCUCUCCCCCUCCCCUCCCUCCCUCCCUGCGCAGCUGCUGAGGGAGCGCCUGGCACAUUCCCCCCAGCCACGGGAGGGUUGGGUUGGGUUGGUUUGGGUUGGUUUGGGUUGGUUUGGUGGUUUUGUUUUUUUUUUUAACAGAGAAUUCCUUUUUUUUUUUUUUUUUUAAUUUAUUUCUCUGGUUCGGACCCAGACAGGAAAGAAAUGAAAAGGUUUUUGUUUGGGGGGGAGGGAUGGAGGGCAAUUAAAGAAAAAAAACCAGUCCACCUCAGCCCACCUCUGUCCUCUCCCGCCCUGUGCCGGAGCUGGGCGGCUGUGCCAGCGCGGUGCCCGCCCUGCGCUGGGCUGGGCUGGGAAGCGGUGCCGGCGGCGGUGCCAAGCGCAGGGGUGUGGUGUGCGAACAAUAAACCAGGAUGGAUGCAGCGACCCAG